AUGCGGCUGCGCAGAAGCGGCUGCGCAGGAACGGCUGCGCAGGAACGGCUGCGCAGGAACGGCUGCGCAGGAACGGCUGCGCAGCAACGGCUGCGCAGCAACGGCUGCGCAGGAACGGCUGCGCAGGAACGGCUGCGCAGGAACGGCUGCGCAGGAACGGCUGCGCAGAAACGGCUGCGCAGAAACGGCUGCGCAGAACGGCUGCGCAGGAACGGCUGCGCAGAAACGGCUGCGCAGAAACGGCUGCGCAGAAGCGGCUGCGCAGAAGCGGCUGCGCAGAAGCGGCUGCGCAGAAGCGGCUGCGCAGAAACGGCUGCGCAGAAGCGGCUGCGCAGAAGCGGCUGCGCAGAAGCGGCUGCGCAGAAGCGGCUGCGCAGAAGCGGCUGCGCAGAAGCGGCUGCGCAGAAGCGGCUGCGCAGAAGCGGCUGCGCAGAAGCGGCUGCGCAGAAGCGGCUGCGCAGAAGCGGCUGCGCAGAAGCGGCUGCGCAGAAGCGGCUGCGCAGAAGCGGCUGCGCAGAAGCGGCUUCGCAGAAGCGGCUGCGCAGAAGCGGCUGCGCAGAAGCGGCUGCGCAGAAGCGGCUGCGCAGAAACGGCUGCGCAGAAGCGGCUGCGCAGAAGCGGCUGCGCAGAAACGGCUGCGCAGAAACGGCUGCGCAGAAACGGCUGCGCAGAAACGGCUGCGCAGAAACGGCUGCGCAUAAACGGCUGCGCAGAAACGGCUGCGCAGAGACGGCUGCGCAGAAACGGCUGCGCAGGAACGGCUGCGCAGGAACGGCUGCGCAGGAACGGCUGCGCAGGAACGGCUGCGCAGGAACGGCUGCGCAGGAACGGCUGCGCAGGAACGGCUGCGCAGGAACGGCUGCGCAGGAACGGCUGCGCAGGAACGGCUGCGCAGAAACGGCUGCGCAGGAACGGCUGCUCAGGAACGGCUGCAAACGGCUGCGCCGAAACGGCUGCGCCGAAACGGCUGCGCCGAAACGGCUGCGCCGAAACGGCUGCGCCGAAACAGCUGCGCAGGAACAGCUGCGCAGAAACAGCUGCGCAGAAACAGCUAGGCAGAAACAGCUGCGCAUAAACAGCUGCGCAGAAACAGCUGCGCAGAAACGGCUGCGCAGAAGCGGGUGCGCAGAAGCGGCUGCGCGGGAACGGCUGCGCGGGAACGGCUGCGCGGGAACGGCUGCGCGGGAACGGCUGCGCGGGAACGGCUGCGCGGGAACGGCUGCGCGGGAACGGCUGCGCGGAAACGGCUGCGCGGAAACGGCUGCGCGGAAACGGCUGCGCGGAAACGGCUGCGCGGAAACGGCUGCGCCGAAACGGCUGCGCAGAAACGGCUGCGCCGAAACGGCUGCGACGAAACGGCUGCGCCGAAACGGCUGCGCCGAAACGGCUGCGCCGAAACGGCUGCGCCGAAACGGCUGCGCAGGAACGGCUGCGCAGGAACGGCUGCGCAGGAACGGCUGCGCAGAAACGGCUGCGCAGAAACGGCUGCGCAGAAACGGCUGCGCAGAAACGGCUGCGCAGAAACAGCUGCGCAGAAACAGCUGCGCAGAAACAGCUGCGCAGAAACAGCUGCGCAGAAGCAGCUGCGCAGAAACAGCUGCGCAGAAGCGGCUGCGCAGAAGCGGCUGCGCAGAAGCGGCUGCGCAGAAGCGGCUGCGCAGAAGCGGCUGCGCAGAAGCGGCUGCGCAGAAGCGGCUGCGCAGAAGCGGCUGCGCAGAAGCGGCUGCGCAGGAACGGCUGCGCAGGAACGGCUGCGCAGGAACGGCUGCGCAGGAACGGCUGCGCAGGAACGGCUGCGCAGGGACGGCUGCGCCGAAACGGCUGCGCCGAAACGGCUGCGCCGAAACGGCUGCGCCGAAACGGCUGCGCCGAAACGGCUGCGCAGAAACGGCUGCGCAGAAACGGCUGCGCAGAAACAGCUGCGCCGAAACAGCUGCGCAGAAACAGCUGCGCCGAAACAGCUGCGCAGGGACAGCUGCGCAGGAACAGCUGCGCAGAAACAGCUGCGCAGAAACAGCUAGGCAGAAACAGCUGCGCAGGAACAGCUGCGCAGGAACAGCUGCGCAGAAACAGCUGCGCAGAAACAGCUGCGCAGAAGCAGCUGCGCAGGAACAGCUGCGCAGAAACAGCUGCGCAGAAGCAGCUGCGCAGAAGCAGCUGCGCAGAAGCAGCUGCGCAGAAGCAGCUGCGCAGGAACAGCUGCGCAGAAGCAGCUGCGCAGGAACAGCUGCGCAGGAACAGCUGCGCAGGAACGGCUGCGCAGAAACGGCUGCGCAGGAACGGCUGCGCAGGAACGGCUGCGCAGGAACGGCUGCGCAGGAACGGCUGCGCAGGAACGGCUGCGCAGGAACGGCUGCGCAGGAACGGCUGCGCAGGAACGGCUGCGCAGGAACGGCUGCGCAGGAACGGCUGCGCAGAAACGGCUGCGCAGAAACGGCUGCGCAGAAACGGCUGCUCAGGAACGGCUGCGCAGAAACGGCAGCGCAGAAACGGCUGCGGAGGAACGGCUGCGCAGAAACGGCUGCGCAGAAACGGCUGCGCAGAAACGGCUGCGCAGAAACGGCUGCGCCGAAACGGCUGCGCCGAAACGGCUGCGCCGAAACGGCUGCGCCGAAACGGAUGCGCCGAAACGGAUGCGCCGAAACAGCUGCGCAGGGACAGCUGCGCAGGGACAGCUGCGCAGAAACAGCUGCGCAGAAACAGCUAGGCAGAAACGGCUGCGCAGGAACGGCUGCGCAGGAACGGCUGCGCAGGAACGGCUGCGCAGGAACGGCUGCGCAGGAACGGCUGCGCAGAAACGGCUGCGCCGAAACGGCUGCGCCGAAACGGCUGCGCCGAAACGGCUGCGCCGAAACGGCUGCGCCGAAACGGCUGCGCCGAAACGGCUGCGCCGAAACGGCUGCGCAGAAACGGCUGCGCAGAAACGGCUGCGCCGAAACGACUGCGCAGAAACGGCUGCGCAGAAACGGCUGCGCAGGGACAACUGCGCAGGGACAGCUGCGCAGAAACAGCUGCGCAGAAACAGCUAGGCAGAAACAGCUGCGCAGAAACAGCUGCGCAGGAACAGCUGCGCAGAAACAGCUGCGCAGAAACAGCUGCGCAGAAGCAGCUGCGCAGAAACAGCUGCGCAGAAACAGCUGCGCAGAAGCAGCUGCGCAGAAGCAGCUGCGCAGAAACAGCUGCGCAGAAACAGCUGCGCAGAAGCAGCUGCGCAGAAGCAGCUGCGCAGAAGCAGCUGCGCAGGAACAGCUGCGCAGCAGCAGCUGCGCAGGAACAGCUGCGCAGGAACAGCUCCGCAGGAACAGCUGCGCAGGAACAGCUGCGCAGGAACAGCUGCGCAGAAACAGCUGCGCCGAAACAGCUGCGCCGAAACAGCUGCGCCGAAACAGCUGCGCAGGAAGAGCUGCGCAGGAACGGCUGCGCAGGAACGGCUGCGCAGGAACGGCUGCGCAGGAACGGCUGCGCAGGAACGGCUGCGCAGAAACGGCUGCGCAGAAACGGCUGCGCAGAAACGGCUGCGCAGAAACGGCUGCUCAGGAACGGCUGCGCAGGAACGGCUGCGCAGGAACGGCAGCGCAGAAACGGCUGCGCAGGAACGGCUGCGCAGGAACGGCUGCGCGGAAACGGCUGCGCGGAAACGGCUGCGCGGAAACGGCUGCGCGGAAACGGCUGCGCCGAAACGGCUGCGCCGAAACGGCUGCGCCGAAACGGCUGCGCCGAAACGGCUGCGCCGAAACGGCUGCGCAGAAACGGCUGCGCCGAAACGGCUGCGCCGAAACGGCUGCGCCGAAACGGCUGCGCCGAAACGGCUGCGCCGAAACGGCUGCGCCGAAACGGCUGCGCCGAAACGGCUGCGCCGAAACGGCUGCGCCGAAACGGCUGCGCCGAAACGGCUGCGCAGGAACGGCUGCGCAGGAACGGCUGCGCAGGAACGGCUGCGCAGGAACGGCUGCGCAGAAACCGCUGCGCAGAAGCAGCUGCGCAGAAACAGCUGCGCAGAAGCAGCUGCGCAGAAGCAGCUGCGCAGAAGCAGCUGCGCAGAAGCAGCUGCGCAGAAUCAGCUGCGCAGAAUCAGCUGCGCAGAAUCAGCUGCGCAGAAGCAGCUGCGCAGAAGCAGCUGCGCAGAAGCAGCUGCGCAGAAGCAGCUGCGCAGAAGCAGCUGCGCAGAAGCAGCUGCGCAGGAACAGCUGCGCAGGAACAGCUGCGCAGACGCAGCUGCGCAGACGCAGCUGCGCAGGAACAGCUGCGCAGGAACAGCUGAGCAGGAACGGCUGCGCAGGAACGGCUGCGCAGGAACGGCUGCGCAGGAACGGCUGCGCAGGAACGGCUGCGCAGAAACGGCUGCGCAGAAACGGCUGCGCAGGAACGGCUGCGCAGAAACGGCUGCGCCGAAACGGCUGCGCCGAAACGGCUGCACCGAAACGGCUGCGCCGAAACGGCUGCGCCGAAACGGCUGCGCCGAAACGGCUGCGCAGAAACGGCUGCGCAGAAACGGCUGCGCCGAAACGGCUGCGCAGAAACGGCUGCGCCGAAACGGCUGCGCAGGGACAGCUGCGCAGGAACAGCUGCGCAGAAACAGCUGCGCAGAAACAGCUAGGCAGAAACAGCUGCGCAGAAACAGCUGCGCAGAAACAGCUGCGCAGAAACAGCUGCGCAGGAACAGCUGCGCAGAAACAGCUGCGCAGAAGCAGCUGCGCAGAAGCAGCUGCGCAGGAACAGCUGCGCAGAAACAGCUGCGCAGAAGCAGCUGCGCAGAAGCAGCUGCGCAGAAGCAGCUGCGCAGAAGCAGCUGCGCAGAAGCAGCUGCGCAGAAGCAGCUGCGCAGGAACAGCUGCGCAGAAGCGGCUGCGCAGGAACGGCUGCGCAGGAACGGCUGCGCAGGAACGGCUGCGCAGGAACGGCUGCGCAGGAACGGCUGCGCAGAAACGGCUGCGCAGAAACGGCUGCGCAGAAACGGCUGCGCAGAAACGGCUGCGCCGAAACGGCUGCGCAGGAACGGCUGCGCAGGAACGGCUGCGCAGGAACGGCUGCGCAGGAACGGCUGCGCAGGAACGGCUGCGCAGGAACGGCUGCGCAGAAACGGCUGCGCAGAAACGGAUGCGCAGAAACGGCUGCGCAGAAACGGCUGCUCAGGAACGGCUGCUCAGGAACGGCUGCGCAGGAACGGCAGCGCAGAAACGGCUGCGCAGGAACGGCUGCGCAGGAACGGCUGCGCAGAAACGGCUGCGCAGAAACGGCUGCGCAGAAACGGCUGCGCAGAAACGGCUGCGCCGAAACGGCUGCGCCGAAACGGCUGCGCCGAAACGGCUGCGCCGAAACGGCUGCGCCGAAACGGCUGCGCCGAAACGGCUGCGCCGAAACGGCUGCGCCGAAACGGCUGCGCCGAAACGGCUGCGCAGAAACGGCUGCCUGCGCAGGAACAGCUGCGCAGGAACAGCUGCGCAGAAGCAGCUGCGCAGGAACAGCUGCGCAGAAACAGCUGCGCAGAAGCAGCUGCGCAGAAGCAGCUGCGCAGAAACAGCUGCGCAGAAGCGGCUGCGCAGAAGCGGCUGCGCAGAAGCGGCUGCGCAGAAGCGGCUGCGCAGAAGCGGCUGCGCAGAAGCGGCUGCGCAGGAACGGCUGCGCAGGAACGGCUGCGCAGGAACGGCUGCGCAGGAACGGCUGCGCAGGAACGGCUGCGCAGGAACGGCUGCGCAGGAACGGCUGCGCAGGAACGGCUGCGCAGAAACGGCUGCGCAGGAACGGCUGCGCAGGAACGGCUGCGCAGGAACGGCUGCGCAGAAACGGCUGCGCAGAAACGGCUGCGCAGAAACGGCUGCGCAGAAGCGGCUGCGCAGAAGCGGCUGCGCACAACCGGCUGCGCAGAAGCGGCUGCGCAGAAGCGGCUGCGCAGAAGCGGCUGCGCAGAAGCGGCUGCGCAGAAACGGCUGCGCAGAAGCGGCUGCGCAGAAGCGGCUGCGCAGAAGCGGCUGCGCAGAAGCGGCUGCGCAGAGACGGCUGCGCAGAGACGGCUGCGCAGAGACGGCUGCGCAGAAGCGUCUGCGCAGAAGCGUCUGCGCAGAAGCGUCUGCGCAGAAGCGGCUGCGCAGAAGCGGCUGCGCAGAAGCGGCUGCGCAGAAGCGGCUGCGCAGAAGCGGCUGCGCAGAAGCGGCUGCGCAGAAGCGGCUGCGCAGAAGCGGCUGCGCAGAAGCGGCUGCGCAGAAGCGGCUGCGCAGAAGCGGCUGCGCAGAAGCGGCUGCGCAGAAGCGGCUGCGCCGAAACGGCUGCGCAGGGACAGCUGCGCAGGGACAGCUGCGCAGAAACAGCUGCGCAGGAACAGCUAGGCAGGAACGGCUGCGCAGGAACGGCUGCGCAGGAACGGCUGCGCAGGAACGGCUGCGCCGAAACGGCUGCGCCGAAACGGCUGCGCCGAAACGGCUGCGCCGAAACGGCUGCGCCGAAACGGCUGCGCCGAAACGGCUGCGCCGAAACGGCUGCGCCGAAACGGCUGCGCCGAAACGGCUGCGCCGAAACGGCUGCGCAGAAACGGCUGCGCCGAAACGACUGCGCAGAAACGGCUGCGCCGAAACGGCUGCGCAGGGACAGCUGCGCAGGGACAGCUACGCAGAAACAGCUGCGCAGAAACAGCUAGGCAGAAACAGCUGCGCAGAAACAGCUGCGCAGGAACAGCUGCGCAGAAACAGCUGCGCAGAAACAGCUGCGCAGAAGCAGCUGCGCAGAAGCAGCUGCGCAGGAACAGCUGCGCAGAAACAGCUGCGCAGAAGCAGCUGCGCAGAAGCAGCUGCGCAGAAACAGCUGCGCAGAAGCAGCUGCGCAGAAGCAGCUGCGCAGAAGCAGCUGCGCAGAAGCAGCUGCGCAGAAGCAGCUGCGCAGGAACAGCUGCGCAGGAACGGCUGCGCAGGAACGGCUGCGCAGAAACGGCUGCGCCGAAACGGCUGCGCCGAAACGGCUGCGCAGGAACGGCUGCGCAGGAACGGCUGCGCAGGAACGGCUGCGCAGGAACGGCUGCGCAGGAACGGCUGCGCAGAAACGGCUGCGCAGGAACGGCUGCGCAGGAACGGCUGCGCAGGAACGGCAGCGCAGAAACGGCUGCGCAGGAACGGCUGCGCAGGAACGGCUGCGCAGGAACGGCUGCGCAGGAACGGCUGCGCAGAAACGGCUGCGCAGAAACGGCUGCGCAGAAACGGCUGCGCCGAAACGGCUGCGCCGAAACGGCUGCGCCGAAACGGCUGCGCCGAAACGGCUGCGCCGAAACGGCUGCGCAGAAACGGCUGCGCCGAAACGGCUGCGCCGAAACGGCUGCGCAGAAACGGCUGCGCCGAAACGGCUGCGCCGAAACGGCUGCGCCGAAACGGCUGCGCAGAAACGGCUGCGCAGAAACGGCUGCGCAGAAACGGCUGCGCAGGAACAGCUGCGCAGGAACAGCUGCGCAGGAACAGCUGCGCAGGAACAGCUGCGCAGGAACAGCUGCGCAGGAACAGCUGCACAGGAACAGCUGCGCAGGAACAGCUGCGCAGGAGCAGCUGCGCAGGAGCAGCUGCGCAGAAACAGCUGCGCAGGAGCAGCUGCGCAGAAGCAGCUGCGCAGGAGCAGCUGCGCAGGAACAGCUGCGCAGGAACAGCUGCGCAACAGCCGCUGCGCAGAAGCGGCUGCGCAGGAACGGCUGCGCAGGAACGGCUGCGCAGGAACGGCUGCGCAGGAACGGCUGCGCAGAAACGGCUGCGCAGAAACGGCUGCGCAGAAGCGGCUGCGCAGAAGCGGCUGCGCACAACCGGCUGCGCAGAAGCGGCUGCGCAGAAGCGGCUGCGCAGAAGCGGCUGCGCAGAAGCGGCUGCGCAGAAGCGGCUGCGCAGAAGCGGCUGCGCAGAAGCGGCUGCGCAGAAGCGGCUGCGCAGAAACGGCUGCGCAGAAACGGCUGCGCAGAAGCGGCUGCGCAGAAGCGGCUGCGCAGAAGCGGCUGCGCAGAGACGGCUGCGCAGAGACGGCUGCGCAGAGACGGCUGCGCAGAAGCGGCUGCGCAGAAGCGGCUGCGCAGAAGCGGCUGCGCAGAAGCGUCUGCGCAGAAGCGUCUGCGCAGAAGCGUCUGCGCAGAAGCGUCUGCGCAGAAGCGGCUGCGCAGAAGCGGCUGCGCAGAAGCGGCUGCGCAGAAGCGGCUGCGCAGAAGCGGCUGCGCAGAAGCGGCUGCGCAGAAACGGCUGCGCCGAAACGGCUGCGCAGAAACGGCUGCGCAGAAACGGCUAG